AUGGCGAUGGACAACAGCGUCAGUUCAUCCGAGGUCGUACCUGGAGAAGUACAGAGGGUGGACGAAGGUUCGCCCACCCUCAUCAUAGCUGUGCGAGAUCGAUUCGGCCGAUUGGCUGUUCGAUCCAAGUCAGCAGCGCGUAGAUUUCGCCAAGUGUUCUGGCAACCGCGCUUCGCGUCUCUUGUUCUCGCUGGGGCUGAUGUGGGCGUCUCUUUUGUGCCAAUGUUGGCGCCUGUUGUUGAGGUUGCGAAGAAGAUUGUCGAGAUGUGUGAGCAGAUGGGGGCAAAUAAGCGAGCUGCGCAACAGUUGGCUGAGAAGUGCGAGACGUUCUUAGCGCUUCUCGAACGAGCCAUAAGACCGUCGCCAGAGCUUGAGUACGACAUCCUUGAAGCUCGAGACGCAAUCAACUGGGUCGCCGGCCGCGUAGAAGAAUUGCAAAGUAUCGGCCGGGUUGACGCCUUUCUGGAAGAGAGUGCGAUCGCGGACAGAAUUAGUGAUUGUAUCGCCAAGCUGGACAAUUGUUUGCUCAAAUUGCAGGUUCAAUCGAUGUUGGACAUCAAAGACACCCAACGCAAAUUCGAGAGAAACAGAGCGGAGGAUCACCAAGAACUUGUGAACCACGUGUCUGAGCUAAAAAAGGGGCAGGAGAAUAUGCAAGUGCUCAUACGAGAAGAAAGAUCGCAUUUCGACAGAAUGCUAGGAUGGGUCCAGAACACCUUGGGAGAACUUCUGAAGGAUGCACCCAGACACUCGGGUCUGGCAGCCAACCUUCACGGUGCUUUGAAAGAAACAGGAAGCCUCCUACCAAACCUACUCCUGGAACAUGGAGAAGUGCAGGUUUCCAAUACGCCCAUCCCGACCAACAGAGACCCGGGUGUAACCGACUACCACCUUGGGACGUAUUUGGGAAAGGACAAGGUUGUCGUGAAAAAGAUCCGUGGAGCACUGGCUGACAACCCCGAAUGGAAAAGGCGGUUUGACCGGGAGGCGAAGAUGUGGCGGACACUCUGGGAAAAAGACCAUGGAACGUAUAUCGUACCUGUUCUUGGCUUUGUGGAGGAACCGAGAGUCCACCAACAUCAGGAGAUUCAUAUGUGUUUGGUCUAUCCAUACUAUCCGAACGGAACGGCCAUCGAAUACGUUCAAAAGGAACCAUACACUGAUCAUAUGCGCAUACUUCGGGGGAUUGCGAAGGGCCUGGCGUUUAUGCACGAUAUGGACUUCAUGCAUGGCGAUGUGCGUGGGGCUAGUGUGAUGAUCAAGUCAGAUGAUGGUAGUCCCCUCCUUACUGAAUUCGGUGUGUCCAAGAUCAUCGAGGACGCCGGUAAGCAAGUACUCCUGAGUCGCCAGAUGCAGUACUCCGAGAAGUGGUGGGCGCCAGAAGUGCUUCUGCUUUCCCAGCAAAGCAUGCGUUCAGAUGUGUUUUCCUUCGGCAUGACCGUUCUUGAGCUUCUAACCCACGAGGAACCCUGGUACUACGUACCAAAUCCUAGGAACACCAGUACAAUCACCGCAAGGGUGGCAGACGGCGCUCGCCCUGAAAGACCCAAGGAAGACAUAGUAAAGACGCGGGGCCUGAGCGAUGCCCUCUGGAAUUUCUUGCAAGAGUGCUGGAAGCAAGAACCAUUGGAGAGGCCAGAUAUGAACCGCGUCGUAGAGUUCCUGGAAGAGGAGAAGCAGAAUUGA